UCCACCCAGCUACCGUUCGUUUGCGCUUCGUGAGGUGCGGCUUUAGUGUGUUUUUUUUUCGCGAAACGCCAGCGGGGAAAACUCAGCCAAACAAAAGAAGCAAACCACCUCCUCGUCGUGCAAGAAGACCAAUUUUCCGUGACUCAGUGCUUGGGCCCCCGAACGCACACAAAUCUAGUCGAUUGCGGAAAUUCCGGCCGUGGUGAUUUCCUCAAUAAUUCCUCUGGAAAUCCGGCGGAUCGGGUGGUUUCCAUAAAUCCCCCUCAUUUUGCUGCUGCCUACGCAUUCCCAGCUCGGUGCAACCGUGUGUGCUAGAUUACGGUUCAUACUUCCGCUUUUGCGCAAGAAGCGUGAAACGAGAAACAGGAAUCCCAAACAAAACCUCCCGGGCGAAGGGGACAAAUUCAAUGGUCAAAGAAGAUUCGGUGUAACGGGCAAGGAGCAGCAGCAGUUCCGGAGAGUAGCAGAGUAGGUCAACGCCAACGCCAGGAUUCUCGGACAACUUUCCUAGUACCAGACUACGCCUGGCGCCCCUUGUCUUCGAUCGUGGAUAGACUACACCUCCUCUACCAUCGAUACUUUGGGCGGGUGUGCGGAGCGUUGAAGCGACUCGUGAUGGACCUCCAGCAUCAGCGCAAGCAGGGAACAUCCGGUGGCCAGCAGCAGCAGCAGCAGCAGCAACAGCAACAACAGCAACGGGAAAGCAACAGUCCCAGUGUUGGGCCAGGUCCUGGUAGUGGCGUGCUGGUUGGUGGUGCUGCUGCCGUUGGUGGCGCAAUCGGAAAGAAUGAUAGCUACGAUAGUUCGCACAGCAGCAGCAACACCGAGGACACUACCGAAACAGACGAUCGUCGUCGCAAGAUGAUGAAAAACCGUGCCAGAAAUAAUCGACUGAUGCAGCACCAACAGCAGCAGCAACACAAUACGACGGACAGUGCGAAGGUGGCGGCCUCGGCAGGUGCAACGGGUGUUGGGCCGGGGGGCAGCAUGGCAAAGAAGCUGCCCGACGGCGAGCGUAUCACGCUGAUCGUCGACAACACGACGUUCUCGGUGAACGCGUCCAUGCUGACCGCUCAACCGCAAACCAUGCUUGGCCGAAUGUUCAGCUCGGGGCUAGAAUUUACGCACCCGAACGAGCGGGGUGAGUAUGAGGUGGCGGACGGCAUCUCGCACACCGUGUUCCGGGCCAUCCUCGAGUACUAUCGGUCGGGCGUGAUCCGCUGCCCACCCACCGUCUCCGUGCUGGAGCUGCGCGAAGCCUGUGACUACCUGCUGAUCCCUUUCAAUGCCGAGACGAUCCGGUGCCAGAAUUUGCGCGGUUUGCUCCACGAAUUGAGCAACGAAGGGGCGAGCAUUCAGUUCGAAGCGUUCCUGGAGUCACUCAUCCUACCGCUGAUGGUAGACGCGGCACGGCAAGGGCAUCGCGAGUGUCACAUUGUCGUGCUUUCGGAGGAUGAUACGAUCGACUGGGACGAGGAGUAUCCGCCACAGAUGGGCGAGGAGGACUGCCAGACGGUGGCGAAUACGGCCAUGUAUCGGUUCUUUAAGUACAUCGAAAACCGUGAUGUGGCGAAGCAGGUGCUGAAGGAUCGGGGUCUCAAGAAGAUUCGGCUCGGCAUCGAAGGCUACCCGACGUACAAGGAGAAGAUAAAGCGGCGCGCCAGUGGACGCGUCGAGGUGAUCUACAACUAUCUGCAGCGACCGUUCAUACACAUGUCCUGGGAGAAGGAGGAAGCGAAGAGCCGACACGUCGACUUCCAGUGCGUCAAGUCAAAGUCGGUCACCAAUCUGGCGGAAGCGACGGCCGAUCCAGCGCUGGAGCUUGAUUCGGCCGGUAAUCCGUUGCCGCAGCGACACUUUGAAAUAUCGCACGAACCAGAAGCCGAACCCUUCCUGCGGCCGGAAGCGCUACUCGAUGGCGAGGAGGGUGCCAUCGGUGGGAUGCUAGCGAAUGCGGACGAAAUAGGUGGUCGUGCUGGUGCUGGUGGUGGUGCCGGAGCAGGACCAGUUGCCGGAGGUGGUCCAGUAGCGAUGCUGGAUGGUGUACCACAGUAGGCCUGCUGACAUGUGCGCGCGCAAAAAAAAAAACAGACACACAAAACACAAUCGGAAUCUUUACAAACAGUCCACAAGG